AUGGCUUCCCUAAGGACGACUCCUGAGGCAACACAGCAAUGUGUUGCGUCUUCCAAACUAUUGACUGGGCUCCCUGAAAGAACACCGAUAGUCAAGUAUACCAACAUGAAGAAAUUGAAGAAUAUAAUAGAUACCCAGUCCCUUGACUGUUCUGCGGAUAGCUCUAAAAGCCCCUUUUUAAUAGUAACUUGCGUGGAUGAUAACUUUUUCAAAGCCCUGGAUAACGUCUAUCCUGACAGUGGCCCCCGUAUAACAUAUGAUUUUGAAGACGGAGGCCCAACUGUGAUUCUUGAAGUGAUGAAGAGCACGGCGCAUGAAAUGGCGACCGGCCGCCUCCACCUGGAAAUCAUCCUUCAGCUUGGGAAGAUGGGCGUCGAAUACGAACUCGUCGCCAUGAACGAGUCGGAAAUACAGAAUUUGAAUAAGACCUGGAGAAAGCAACCUGAUCUAGCCUUUGCCCUGGAUGGCCAUACCCGUUGGCCGGUGCUUGUUAUCGAGACUGGAAUGUUGGAAAGCCAGCAAAAGCUGGCGAUUGACGCCCAGGGCUGGCUGGAAGCGCAGGGAUCCGAAACCAAAGUUGUCAUUACUAUCAACAUUGACAAACACAGCCCACGCAUCACUUUUCAGCGUUGGGAGCACGCAUAUAUCCAACAUGCGACCCGUUCUCAUCAUCCACACGGAUCAGUCGUGCAAACUGCCGAGGUGUUUCACAAGGGUGUCACCACAAGAGCCACGGGGGAGCUUAUUAUUCCCUUCGAGAAAGUGUUCGGGCGCGUGAGACAUGGCCGCAAAGAAGGGGAUAUCAUCGUUACGAAAAACCAAUUGAUACGAAUGGGAGAGCUUGUUUGGCCUGAGCAGAGCUUCAUGUAA